CAAUUCAAAAAAAAAAAACAGCUUAAAAAUUCGUAAUAGAGAGUAGCCUCUCUCACCUUCUUCAAUGGCAAAGCUUAAAUAGAGUGAAUGGGAAGCUAGAGCCAUGGCCAUCAUCAUCAUCAACGAUGCAUCCAUGGCUAUAGCCUAAGAGGAAGAGGAAGAGGAGAUGAUGAACCCAUCACACCCAGCCCAGCACUAACUAACCCUCCCUUCAAUCCAACUCCACCUCAAUCCAAUUCCAUUCUCUCGCUCGCACCAAACAGCUGCACCGAUUUUGUUCUUUUCCCACUUAAAAAAUUUGGAUCUUUUUCGGGUGCUAAAAACCCUUUCUUUCUUUUUUUUUUCUUUUCUGUCCACUUCGUUCGUGGUGGAGUGGAUUUGGACCACGCGCACCACCGCAACCAAUCCCCCUUCCCACGACAAAUCCCAAUCGGAAGCAAGAAUACAAGGGAGAAAUCGAUAGAAAUCGACCCUGAAUUGGAGCAAUUCGCCACCAAGAACUCCACCACCAGGAGAGGAAUCCAUCAUUUCUUGGCCCACUCCACCAAUCCGAAGAAAGAAAUCGCGAGAAAUCCCCACCAGAUUAUAGCGCAUCAUUAGCGGAGGAUUAGAGCCAAGAGAAGAGAAAAAAAGGUGGAAGAAAAGCAAUGGCGGAGGUGGCGCUCUUCCGGGGCCCGACCAACCUCGCUUCACCCGCAAGCCGCUCCUCCUCCUCCUCCUCCUCCUCCUCACUGCGUUAUUUAGCCACCUCCGAUGGCGACGUGCUCCCAAGAAGAAGCAGCAGCGGUAGCGGCAGCAGCCUGGGAUCUACAGGAAGCUUGGGAAUCCAAGAACGGCGCGAGGAAGAGGGAGGAGAAUCGGAGGAGGAGGAGGAGGAGUGGUCGUUCUUGGCGCUGCUGCUCGCGCUGCUGCGGAAGUCGCUGCUCGGGUGCAGCGCGGAGGACGGCGGCGGCGGCGAAGGGAUGGAGAUAGGGUGGCCGACGGACGUGCAGCACGUGGCGCACGUCACCUUCGAUAGGUUCCAUGGAUUCCUCGGGCUCCCCGUGGAGUUCGAGCCCGAGGUGCCCCGCCGCGCUCCCAGUGCGAGUGCAAGUGUCUUUGGAGUUUCAACAGAAUCGAUGCAGUGCUCCUAUGAUUCCAGAGGAAACAGUGUCCCAACAAUUCUCUUGAUGAUGCAAAGACGUCUUUAUGAACAAGGCGGUCUUCGGGCAGAAGGUAUUUUUCGCAUAAAUGCAGAGAAUAGCCAAGAAGAGCUUGUGAGAGACCAAUUAAAUGGUGGGAUCGUGCCAGAGGGUAUUGAUGUCCACUGUUUGGCAGGUCUAAUCAAAGCCUGGUUUAGGGAACUCCCGAGUGGGGUGCUGGACUCAAUCCCACCUGAACAGGUGAUGCAAUGCCAGUCUGAAGAGGACUGUGCUCGUGUUGCCAAAUGCCUUCCACCAACUGAAGCAGCCUUACUAGACUGGGCUGUUAAUUUGAUGGCUGAUGUUGUCCAAGAAGAGCAAAUAAACAAGAUGAAUGCGCGCAAUAUUGCCAUGGUUUUUGCACCAAAUAUGACUCAGAUGGCAGAUCCCUUGACUGCAUUGAUGUAUGCAGUACAAGUGAUGAAUUUUCUUAAGAUGCUAAUACAAAAAACCCUCAAGGAUAGAGAAGAGUCUGAUCUGGAUGAUUUGUCUCUUCCUCAGAAGGACCCGUCUGAUGAAAAUGGACACCAGACCACCGGCCUCUCGCUUGAUUCUCACCCUGACGAAGGAUCCAGGCGUCCCUCUUUCGUCAGCGAGGAGCCCCUUCUGAACAGUCCCGUGCACAGCACUGAAGAGAAACCUAAUAAGACCAAUCUUGCUGAAGGAAAAUUUGCGGAUUCCAGUUGCCCGGAAAAUGUAGCCCUAACGAGCAUGGAGACAGAGGGCUCUACUAGUUGCUCCCAACCUGCUCUGGCAGCAGCUGCCGCUGCUCCCCGUGCUACAGCUAUGAACUUACUUCAAGGCAAAGGGAGCCGUAGCCUGAAUAGUAGGAGGACUAGAAAGGGCAAGGUGCAGUUUGGAACACGUGCUGCUCCAGCAUCUGAGAAAUCAAAAGGUGCGAGCAUUGUGAGCAGGAUAAACUCAAAGGUUGAACGGAUCGAAGCGUGGCGAUGAAAUCAGAAGUUGCCGCAAAUUGUUGUUGUGAAGUAGAUGACUGACCCAAUGUUUCCUGUUUCCUGAAAAUAGGACCAAGAGCUGUGUGCUUUGUGCAUUUUGCAUUUUUUGAUGUGCUUAUCAUUUCUUGUUGGACCAUGAUCACGGUGUUUUUAGAUCAUUUUCUGUUGCUGCUAACUUAUGUAUCUUGUUUAUGAGUACUACUGUUGUCUGAGUGAAUCAAACAGACUGUUGCUUUCCCCUUGUACAUAAAUGUCUCCAAUGCCUAAAAUCUUAGCUAUCUGAGAAUUGUUCAUGGAUAA